CGUUUCUCUUUCCUUUUUGGAUUCUGGGUUUACAGAUUCUAUGCAAAGUUUGCUCCUUUUUCUCAUUUUAUUUGUAAAGUUUCCUUUUUUGGGUUUUCAUUAUCUGUUGGAAAUGGGAUUUCAUGAUUGGUAGCCGCAACAAUUCCGGUGACGUUGGGGUUUUUCAUUUUUUUAAUUGAAGUUUUUUGAGUCCAAAAUCUGCAGGUGUUAAUUGGGUGUGAUUAGGUCCAUUAGGGUUUAUUAAAUCAUUUUUUGAUUGAUUAUGGUUUGAAUCCCCUUGACCAUUGAGUUACCUUGAGAAAGAACUUGUCAUAUUUUUGUAUUAAACUCUUCAUUAGGCCUUCUUUCACAUGAUGAUGAUGAUGAUGAAUUGAUGAUCCUAUAAACUGUUGAAGCAAUCAUUCAUAUUUUGUUGUGGUUGAUGAAGAGUUCUAGAUAAAUUGUUUAUCCUGCUUUAGUUUGAUGAUUGUUAAGGCCAAGAAGAGUGUAAUUCUUGUUGUUGCUCAAGUAAUUGAACUGAUAUUUUAUGAUGUUUGCUUCUGUGUCUGUUCCUUAGUCGAUGCUCUGCAGCAAAUCGCUACCACAUUGGGCUCGAAAUUCUGGAAAUUCGAUGCUGAAAAUUGUAAGAUUGAAAUGGUGGGGUUAACUGAAACUCCUCCUCCAACAGCUAAGCAAGAAAUAGAAUGUGAAUGCAGUCCCACUAACGACACUGAUUGUCAUGUUGUCAAAUUUGCAUUCAAGGACCAUAAUCUUCCAGGAACUCUUCCUCAAAUAGUCAAGCUUCCCUACCUUCGGGAGAUAGACUUGGCCUACAACUACAUCAAUGGGACCUUACCUCGUGAAUGGGCUUCUUCAAAUUUAACUUUUAUUUCUCUUCUUGUGAAUCGGUUGUCUGGAGAAAUUCCGAAGGAGUUUGGAAACUCUUCUCUAACAUACUUGGAUCUCGAGUCAAAUGCGUUUUCUGGAACUAUUCCUCAGGAGCUUGGGAACUUAGUCCACUUGAAAAAACUGUUGCUUUCCUCUAACAAAUUGACCGGAACUUUGCCAGCUUCACUAGCUAGACUACAGAAUAUGACAGAUUUCAGGAUUAACGAUCUUCAACUCAGUGGAACGAUACCUAGUUACAUACAAAAUUGGAAGCAACUCGAGAGACUUGAAAUGAUUGCAUCUGGUCUCACUGGUCCAAUCCCAUCGGUCAUCUCAGUUCUGAGCAAUCUUGUUAAUCUGAGGAUCAGUGAUAUACGUGGACCAGUCCAACCAUUCCCUUCGUUGAAGAACGUGACAGGUCUAACUAAAAUUAUAUUGAAGAACUGUAACAUUUCUGGACAAAUUCCUACUUAUCUUUCACAUUUGAAGGAGUUGGAGACACUGGAUUUGAGUUUUAACAAGUUGGUUGGGGGAAUUCCGUCGUUUGCACAAGCAGAAAAUUUACGGUUUAUAAUUUUGGCUGGAAAUAUGCUCGAGGGAGAUGCUCCAGAUGAAUUACUAAGAGAUGGAAUCACAGUAGAUCUUUCAUAUAACAAUCUCAAGUGGCAGAGUCCUGAAAGUCGUGCUUGUCGCCCAAAUAUGAAUCUGAAUCUAAACUUGUUUCAGAGCACUUCGACAAAAAAAUCGAGCAAAUUUCUGCCGUGUAUCAAAGAUUUCAAAUGUCCUCGAUAUUCUAGCUGCUUGCAUGUGAACUGCGGUGGAAGCGAUAUGUAUGUUAAGGAGAAAAAAACAAAAGAAUUAUAUGAAGGAGAUGGAAAUGUUGAAGGUGGUGCUGCUAAGUAUUUUUUGAAGCCUGACGCUAAUUGGGGAUUUAGCAGCACAGGGGACUUCAUGGACGAUAACAAUUUCCAAAACACUAGAUUCACCAUGUUUGUCCCGGCAUCUAACCAGUCUGAUCUCUACAAAUCGGCACGAAUUGCUCCAGUAUCUCUAACUUACUUCCAUGCCUGCUUGGAAAAUGGAAAUUACACUAUAAAUCUAGACUUCGCUGAGAUACGGUUCACCAAUGAUGAAAACUAUAACCGGCUUGGAAGGCGUCUGUUUGACAUUUACAUUCAGGAGAAAUUAGUGGCAAAGGACUUUAACAUCAUGGAUGAAGCAAAGGGAGCUCAAACACCUAUAAUCAAACCACUUACUGCCUAUGUGACAAACCACUUUUUAACCAUCCGGUUGAGUUGGGCCGGUAAAGGAACUACCAGGAUUCCCACUAGAGGGGUUUAUGGUCCUAUCAUAUCGGCUAUUUCCAUAGUUUCAGAUUCCAAGCCGUGCGAACGUCCGAAAACUGGAAUGAGCCCUGGAGCAUAUAUUGCAAUUGGAAUUGGAGCACCAUGUCUUAUUAUCUUUAUACUGGGAUUUCUGUGGAUAUGUGGCUGCCUCCCAAGAUGUGGUCGACAACGAAAAGAUCCGUAUGAAGAAGAGUUGCCUUCUGGAACUUUUACAUUGAGGCAAAUCAAAUUCGCUACGGAUGACUUCAAUCCAACUAACAAGAUUGGAGAAGGUGGUUUCGGUGCUGUCUUUAAGGGUGUGUUAGCAGAUGGAAGAGUUGUAGCAGUUAAGCAACUCUCAUCUAAAUCGAGACAAGGGAACCGAGAAUUUCUAAACGAGAUAGGCGCAAUUUCUUGUCUUCAACAUCCAAAUCUCGUCAAGCUUCAUGGUUUCUGCGUCGAGCGGGCUCAGCUAUUACUGGCGUACGAAUACAUGGAAAAUAACAGUUUAUCUAGCGCGUUAUUCAGUCCAAAGCAUAAACAGAUACCAAUGGACUGGCCUACUAGGUUUAAGAUUUGCUGCGGGAUCGCAAAGGGUCUCGCGUUUCUCCAUGAGGAAUCACCGUUGAAGUUUGUACAUAGAGACAUCAAGGCCACAAAUAUUUUAUUGGACAAGGACUUAACUCCCAAGAUAUCUGAUUUCGGAUUGGCUAGGCUUGACGAAGAGGAGAAAACACACAUCAGCACCAAAGUUGCUGGGACUAUAGGAUAUAUGGCACCAGAAUACGCACUGUGGGGCUACCUAACUUUCAAAGCAGAUGUCUACAGCUUCGGUGUUUUGGUUCUAGAAAUCGUCGCCGGCAUAACCAACAGUAAUUUCAUGGGGGCAGGAGAUUCCGUUUGCCUCUUAGAAUUUGCUAACGAGUGCGUAGAAUCGGGGCACUUGAUGCAAGUAGUGGAUGAGAGGUUGAGGCCUGAAGUGGAUAGAAAAGAAGCAGAGGCGGUUAUAAAAGUGGCUCUCGUGUGCUCGAGCGCUUCUCCAACAGAUCGUCCUUUAAUGUCAGAGGUCGUUGCUAUGCUAGAAGGUCUAUAUCCAGUGCCAGAAUCAACACCAGGAGUAAGCAGGAACGCAGGGGAUAUAAGGUUUAAGGCAUUUAAAGAUUUAAGGAGAGGCAUGGAGAACAAUAGUAAGACGCAGUGUUCUGUUAAAAGCUAUCCGUCUUCUUCUUCGACUUCUUCUGGGGCAGGACAAGCAGUUCAAGAAAGAAAGAAAGAAGAGUCAAGGCCUUGAAGAGGUUUUGAAUCCUUCCCUCUCUUUUUUUUUUUUUUGUAAAAUGUCUGUCUUUAGUAAAAUGUUUAUGAGUUUAUUCUGUGAUUAGUCAUUUACUGUAAUUCCCCAUAUCUGUAUUUAGGUUCUGUUAGUUGGGGAUUGAAUGUUGUGAAAACUCAAAACUCAAAUGAUAUAUAAUCAGUGAUCUUUCAUAGGCUGGAUUUGUGAAAUGAUUUGUG